CUUUCCGUCGGGGUAGAGAGUGCCGGCGGUCACCAUCCUGAGACGCUUGUCUCCUAUGAGAAGGUUCAGAAUAUUAAAGAUUUUAUAACAUCCAGGGUUUCUGUUUCUUGUGAGAUUGGGAUUGUAUGUGGCUCUGGAUUAUCUGCUCUUGCCGAUGAAAUUGAAGUUCCUUUGGUGCUUCCCUACUCAAGCAUACCAGAGUUUCCUUUAUCUACAAUCGAAGGGCACAAGUCUCAGUUUGUAUUCGGCAAAAUUCGAGGCAAAGUAGUUGUAUGCAUGCAAGGACGCUUCCAUUUUUAUGAGGGGCAUAGCAUGGCUAAUGCGACUAUUGGGAUCCGCGUGAUGAAGGCUUUGGGCGUGAAGACGGUGAUUAUAACUAAUGCUUCAGGAGGUUUGAAUCCAAACUUUAAAGGAGGUGAUAUCAUGAUUAUUAACGAUCACAUAAAUUUUCCUGGUCUCGCUGGGUUUAACCCUCUCAGAGGUCCCAACGAUGAAAGAUUCGGAGUUCGUUUUCCUUCGGUUUCUGAUUUGUAUGAUCCGUUACUUCACGUUUUAGUUAGAGAAGUUGCUAAGGAAGAGGGAGUCGAGGGCAUUCAGGAGGGUACCUAUUGUUUUGUGAGCGGACCAUCUUAUGAAACCCCUGCAGAGUGCCAUCUGCUACGUAAGCUGGGCGGGGACGCUGUAGGGAUGAGCACCGUACCGGAGUGCAUUGUGGCUCAUCAUUGCGGCAUUAAAGUUAUUGGCUUGUCUCUCGUUACUAACAUGGUUACUUUUGAAAAGCACUCUGAUUCGCACGUCAGCCAUGAAGAAGUUUUAGCAACGGGCGUUGCCCGCGCGGAAGCUAUGAAGACGCUGGUGUCUGGGCUUAUAGGAAAACUAUAA